AUCGGGCUCCACAAGCACGUCGAUUACAUUCAAUUGUUUGUAGUAAGAAGCUCUUCGAUUGUUUUUCUUGUACCGAAGAACCGCCGCGAAAUCCUUGCGGUUCGUCCUUGAAUUCGAUCAUCUUCGAAUUUAAUUGUUGCGGCCUCAUCAUCCCGGCUUGUAUUUUUUUUUAAUUCUGUCUUGAAUAUUCGCUAGAGCGACGUCAUCCUUGCUUUCCGGUUUCUGUGGUGCGUUCUUUUGUAGCUUCAGAGGAAGGAGGUUCCAUACCUAGCGGUCAUAGUUUUUUUCGAUACCGACCAGUGAUGAUGUGCGGGUAGAGUGGCCUCAUUUUGGAUUUGCCUUGUGACUAAUCCGUGCAGUUGGCCGGGCAUCAGCCGCCGCAAAGUGGUGACGAAAAGGGGGACCUCCAUGAAGACCGUCCACAUUUUUGAUCAAUGGGUCGCUCUCUGAGGACACGCGACUACAUCCACUCCAGACCACCGGGCAGAAAAAAGAUAUCUAUACAUCUGCUGUAGUCAGCAGCAUCACCAUCACCAAAAUUGUGUCGUGGGAGGCGGGGGGCGGCAGCGGCGUACGCAGUACCAUGUACGCCAUCAACCGGAAGUACCUGCUGCUGAAGAUAGCGCUGCUGGCGUGCGUCGCUUACGCGGCCGUGCAUGUCAUUCUGACAGCCGGUGGCACCGGAGCUGGAGACAAUGCGGCCAUGUCGGACGGACCGCCGUCGCUGUUGCGCGGCGAAUCGCAGGAGGCGGGCCGGAUGCUGGCUGCGCUCGAAGAUGAUUCGCAGGGAGACGCGGGGGCGGGGCUGCAGCUGUCGGUGGGCGGAGCUCCGCCAGAGACUACCAGAGCGGUGGCGGCGGCUGCGGCUAGACAGGCGGCAGUGCAGCAGGCCAAGCCAGUCACGACGAAAAAACCCCUGACAGUACGAGAAAAGGUGAAGGAGAUCACGCAAUGUCUGGAUCGUCCGAUGGUGCCAAAAACCCAGCAGCGUGGUGACUACUGGGUUCUCUACAAUUACGUGCGUGCCGAUCGCAGACAUCACUGCUACGACAGCAUCACAUAUACUACUCACGCUGAUUACUCGUUUUUAGACAAUCUGGUGCCCCUACUGGAGCGCUGGCAAGGACCAAUUAGUAUAGCACUUCACGCUCCUGGCACUGACUUUGAAUACACUAUAGAAUCGAUAGCUUACCUCAGAGAAUGUACUACGCCCUUAGUGAAGGAGUUUGUUACGUUUCAUGUAUAUUUUAGUACAAAGCAUGUUCCUAAAGAGGUCCCUAAACAUGACGCUUUAUUCCAAGAGCCAUACAACUGUUCUCAACCCCCGCCGUACUUGAACGUAUCUAGUGAAAAUAUGUAUAAAGCCCAGAAGAAGCUAUUGUAUCCAGUAAACGUGGGCAGAAACGUAGCGCGUGAGUCGGCUCAGACUCACUACGUGCUGCCUUCCGACAUCGAACUGUAUCCUAGUCCAAACAUCAUCGAAAAGUUCCUUGAGAUGAUCGCUCAAAACACGGGUCCGUUGCUCAGCAAGAAUCCAAAGGUGUUCCCACUCCACAUCUUCGAAGUCGGUGCCAACCAGUCGGUCCCAGAGACCAAAACGCAACUGAAAGAGAUGCUCGCGACCGGCGUUGCAGUGCCUUUCCAUAAGAAGCUGUGCCCGGGCUGUCAUGGAGUGCCGAAGGCCAAAGAGUGGCAGAUGGCCAACGAAACGAAUGGCCUGCACGUGUUUCACGUGGGCAAGAGGAAUGGCAGGUUCGUCCAUUGGGAGCCGAUCUUCAUUGGUACGCAUGCUGAUCCCUUGUACGACGAGAGGCUGAGCUGGGAGGGGAAAAGUGACAAAAUGACUCAGGGUUAUGCACUAUGUGUGAUGGAUUACGACUUCUUGAUUUUGGACAAUGCAUUUCUAGUCCACAAGCCAGGCAUAAAGGUUUACAAGAAAGACCCCAGGCGCUCAAUGUUAGCAGCCAAAACAAACCAGCUCAUCAAGAAGAUCAUAUUCCCCGAAUUAAGGGUUCUAUAUGGAGUUAAAAAAGGCUGUGCAGUGUAAGAGACGAUUUGAAGAAAUUUUAGCGUUGUACAAAGUUUUAGCCAUAUAAUGUGUUUGUUAAACUAGAUAUGAGUGUAUCAGUGUGACUAUCGAUGAAACUGCUUUUAAUUUAUAAGAUUCUACGCCAGACGCCAAGUUGUGGAACUAGGCAAUUUGAAUUUAGACAGUGGAAAUAUAUUCUUAUUCUGUAUUCUGAUUAUAUUGAAGAGAUUGAGCAUCUCUUACAAAUCUUUGAGACUACAGAUGCGGAGUGUAGAUAUACGAAAUUGGUUGUUAAUGAUUUCAGAUAUAUCGCAAUCAAUUUGAAAUGAAAGGUGGUCCAAAUUCCAUAAAAAGGACAUUGUGAUGAAUUGGUACUAGUGGUGAUUUUGACACGUGGGUGUCACAAAUUUUUUCUUUUCAGACCGAGGCAUUAUUCUUUUUUACAUAUUUUUUACGACACCCGAAUUCAUAUGGAUGCAUAUCGGUUUGUCAAGCGAAUGUGUGAGUUCAUUGACACGAUGCAUUUACUAUCCUAAUACAUACCAUCACAUACUAAAUACAUCAUUUAGCAUGACUUGAUCCAUAUUUAGUAAGCUUCUUCCAUUUCAAAUACUUGACGCCUGGCCUAUUUAAAAUGUGAUUGAUUUUAAUUUAUUAAGAGUGUUAUAAGCAUCAAAUAGUUGUAGACGUGUAUUAUUUUCAAUUUUUAUUUUCAGUAAAGCCAUAUUGACGGUUGAUCUCCUAUUGUAUAUGUCCUUUUCUGGCAGACACCUACACUUUCUUUUUUCGAAAUUGACCAUCUUUAUGUAUUUCUAAUUGUUAGAUGUCCCAGUGUCGAUUGUGUUUAAUGGUACAUCUUUGUACCAGCAAUUCUGUUUCAAUUAUUUGCGAAGUGUUCUUCGCGAACGAAACUAAAACGUCGUCCACGAGAAAAUAUUUCGCAAUAUCUAAAAAAAAGCUACUUGCAUGUCCGAUCACUAGAAAAUGCACUAAAAAAUACAACCCUAUUUUUUGUAUAUUGAUGUUAGUAAAAAAUAAUUUCUGAGGGUAAUACUUGUUUUUAUAAAUGGAUCUAUUUUUUAAAAUUCUUAUACCCUUGGUAAAGACAACAACGAUGAAUAGUCAAACUGAAAAGAGCUUGAAUCAGAGCGCACCGAGACGUAUCUGAGCAGGACAUCCGACGGGUCUUUUUGCGCGUCUCUAUGUGGGAAAAGCCAUUCUGAGAAGACACUUGAAAAAUACAUCAACAGCCGUCGUGCGUCGAAAUGUGUCAGUCCAUAGACACUUUUUAGUUUGGCUACUUAUCAAUGUUGUUAUAUUUUCGAGUAGUAUUUGAAUCUAAAUCUGUCCAGCUUUAUUAUGAUUUUAACUUUGAUUUCAACUAGUAUUAUAAAUACUGCUGCAGUAUGCUAUAUUUUUGUAAUGUAAAAUCCUGUACUUAGUACCUAUACUGUACCUCUAAGUGAUAUAUACUUAUAUAUUUAUUGUAUUCUGGAUUAUUUUUUCUUGCUGUAUUUUACCAUUUAUUGUGCCUUACCGAUCAGAUGUGGUGAUUAUAAGUAAAUGUAAAAUGAUAACUUUUGUACUCCUGCAGUAUAUGGUCCGUAUCCUUCAAUAUGAAAUAAAAGUCAAGAAAAUGAAUUUCGUUCUUCCAGCAGAAUAGAUACUUAACUACUCAUACGAAUCUAUCAAGACCUAGACAUCAGCUUUCUCCUAAAUCCCUCGUAGUAAUACGUCCUAGACGAAGACUUAUGUUCCCAAUGUUUUUGACAAUACGAGUAAGUGCAACUGCGAUGUGUAGUUGUGGAUUUUUCAUAGCCGAGUGCCAUAGCCAUAUCGUAGAAUUGCCCAUUUCAUAAAUGAUCGAGCCAACUAAAGGGGCAUGAACAAAACAUAUGGAAUUUGUCAAUUUUGCAGACAAUUCAUGUUGUGUUGAUCAAAUGUUCCUAUAAGUAAAAUGCUCAGAAAUGCUUUCUACUGGAGAUGCAGGGUGUUUGUGCCUUGGCCCCUGUGGGUACGCCUGCCUGCACCAUUUUAAGAAAACUUACUCGUCUUUAUUGUCGUCGUCUUAACAAUACAUCGAGGGUGACCCACGACCAAACUUUGAUACCCUGUAUCUCCAACAGAAAGCAUUUCUGGACUCUCUGCCCAUUGAAACAUUCGACAUGCACAACAUGAACUAUCACUCUAGGAAUUUUCAUUCACUUUGACCAUAUUGUUAAAACGUCAACGUUAAACAAUUUGGUUAUCUACGACUGACCAUAUCGUAACAUGGGUGUCCACAAAAACUACAAAAGCAACCCCAGGAGUUCUGGCAGUCCAAAGCAUGAAUUUAAGUGAGAACAGUGAGAUUUUCAAAGAAAGCGGUGAGAAAAAAGUGAUAGUGAAUUUAUACAUAAAAAAGUGAGGUAAUUUUCUGAGAAAUUGAAUACCAUAAUGUCAAAUUUAAACAAAUCAUAUAAAUAAGAAUGUGUGAAAAAAAACGAGAUUUACUUAUACAGGGUGUUCCUUAAUGCU